UCCCCUUCACUCCCAUUCUGCGAUCCUACAUUUUGGCGGAGGAAACAGCGGGGGUUGGGGGCCACGGGCGGAUUUGCAGCUUCUCUUUUUUUGUGUGUCUUCCCCAACCCCCUCCUCACUUAAGGCUUCGGAGACAUUGCGAAGGGAGGAGGGAGUAAAGCGCCGGUGUCCGGAGCUCGCCAACAGCUGUGUCGAGUGCCCGGGGCUCUCGUUUCGAUCGUGACCAUGGUUUGCGGCGGGUUCACCUGUUCGAAAAACUCACUGUGUGUCCUUAACCUGCUGUACAUCCUGGUCAGUCUGCUGCUGAUUGGAAUUGCAGCAUGGGGUAAAACCUUUGGACUCGUUACGAGCUUCUCUGUCGUUGCUGGAGUGAUUGGCGUGGGAAUCUUUCUCUUUCUUAUUGCUUUGAUUGGACUGCUGGGAGCAAUUAAACACCACCAAGUGUUGCUGUUUUUUUAUAUGAUCAUUCUGUUCUUGGUGUUUGUAGUUCAGUUCUCUAUCUCCUGUGCAAGCCUCGCACUCAAUGAGAAUCAACAGAAUCAUUUUCUGGAAGUGGGAUGGAACAAAUCGGUAGAAACCAGAGGAGAUGUGGAGGGCUAUCUAAAUUGCUGUGGAUUUAAUGAAGUGAACAAAAAUGAAACCUGCAAAGCUCAUUGUGCCAAUAACUGUAAACCAUGUGGACCAAUCCUAAGAACCUAUGCUGGCGAAGUACUGAGAUUUGUCGGUGGUAUAGGUCUCUUCUUCAGCUUCACUGAGAUUCUGGGAGUUUGGUUAACACACAGAUACAGAAACCAGAAAGACCCACGAGCAAAUCCAAGUGCAUUCCUGUAGGAGGAGUUUUUUGAAAUGCCACUCUGCUGGAUCCUGUGAAUUCUGAUGCAUCCUGUGAAUUUGUUAUUCAGACUUCCUACAACUCAAAUCCCAUGAUGCUUGCAAGAUGUGUUUUUUUUUGAAGUGGGAUACGAGUUUUCUUUGUUACUCCCUCCUGUUGUAAUAAAUCUGAGAAUGGAACAUUUGAUCUUUCAGAAUUGGAGCAACUCUACUAGUCUGCAGCCUAAUCCCAGUUUCAGCACAGGAGAAUUUCUUAAAAAGUUGUCUUUCAAAAUUACUUUCUUAUGCAAUCUUUUAAAAAAAAUCUGCUUUGGCAUUAGAUAUGAUUUUUAAAGGAAAAAAAAAGGUAAUAUGCAUUAUUAUUAUUAUUAAACAUCAAGACCUCCCUCAGAGUAUUGCAGUGUAAAACGAUGUGCUUACCUUUGACUUUUCCAUUUUCUGCAAAUUAUUUUGGCCGAAAUUUAAGUUCCUUUUUGAUUGGCUGACUACUGCUGCAAAUGUUAAACAAGUGAAAAUAUAAAUAAAUACAAAUAUUAAUGCAGUUUGUAAUUACAUAACUGCACCUUGUGGAUUUUCAGAAGGUGGAUACAGAUUUGUCUUCUGUCCAGAACAAAAGAGAUUAAUACAUUUAAAGAAUUCUGUGGUCAUUCAUCUUUUGAUUCGCUCUUAGCAAUAGUCAACUGAGGAAAUGAUUUUUCUGCUGUAGAACCUUUGAGAUGUAGAAAUACUUGCAGGGGAGCGGGAUGGUGGGAGAGUUGUUUUGAUCAUGCUGUUUCUGUAGCUUUGAAACUGCUUUUACUUGCCUUUCCACCUGCCAGUGUAAUGAAUGUGAAGUUCUGAUGUGAUCUGUUCAUUGAUAAAUUUAGUAUAAUUUAGCUUAUGGCUCAGGUUGUUAAUAUCUUAGUCUAUUUACACUGAAUUUAGUGCAUGUUCUUGGAAAUUAAAAAAAACUUGUUUUUGCUUUCAGUGCAUAGUAAAACUAAUUGGAAAUGUAGCUGAAUUGGAAGCAUUACUUAACGUGUUUGUGUAGCAAUUUUUUUCCCUGCAUGUGAUUGAGGAAUUGUUUAUUCAGUUAUUUAAAAUAUUGUCCAAUUGUAUACAAUAGCCUUUUAAAAUUGAGUAAAUUUGGUAGCUUGGUAUUUCAGCAAGUGUACAAGUCAAAUCAUUGGUCGUUUGUAACACUGGAAUGGAACUGAUUUAAAAUAUCGUAAUGUGGAGAAUGUGACAUUAAUGGGAUGAGUAAAGUUUUGGAGGCAAUGGAUAAAUUGUGGAUGCUAACCAUUAAAAUAUCACAUGUG